AUAUGGAAGAUCUAGUUUAUAAACUAUAUUUAUUUACUUUCGGCUUCAGCACUGAUCCACAUGUUGUGUUUUCAAUUUACUUUAAUUACUUCUCUUAACACUGUGUUAAAAAAUAUGUUAAUUAAUUCGUAAACAAACAUUAUUCAGUUGCUUCUUUCUCGCCUGCUGCAACUCAAAAUAUUGUUAUAUAUGAAGCUGCUGCUGCUGCCCUUUUGUUUCGUCUCAAUGGCUGCUUUUGUUCUCUAGUCAUCACUCUCUCUCUCCUCUUCCAUUCUCUUCCACCAUGGAAACGUUCACUCACUUUGUGACUCGUUUAAGUUCAACUCAGCUUCUUCUUAUCACACUCACUCUACUACUCUACACACCCACAUGGCCAUCUUCUGCUGCCGCCACCCAAACAGAGCUUCUCAGAGACUUCAAAGCCACUCCCGACCCUUCAAUCCAAACCUUCCAAUCUCUCCUCGCCGACCCAAAUGGCAAUUUCUCACUGGGUUUCCUCCGAGUCAACAAAACCCAACUCGCUCUCGCUCUCCUCCACGUGCCCUCCUCAGACCCGCUCUGGCUCGCCAACCCGGCCCAGCUAGCUCGCUGGUCCGACCGCACAACCCUCGUCUUCAAUGGCAGCCUCGUCCUCUCCGAUCCUCAGGGGAGGAUGUUCUGGUCAACUCACACCCAAGGCGACCGAGUUGUGCUCCUCAACACCUCCAACGUCCAAGUACAAACCCAGAGCUCAGUCCUAUGGCAGAGCUUCGACUUUCCCACAAAUAUCCUCGUCGAGAAUCAGAAUUUCACAUCGACCAUGUCCCUCGUCUCCUCCAAUGGGCUCUACUCAAUGCGAUUGGGGAACAAUUUCAUGGGUUUGUACGCAAAGUUCAAAUCAGGCUCAAACUCAGACCAAAUUUACUGGAGACACAGAGCCAUGGAAGUCAAAGCUGAAAUAGUCGAGGGCAAAGGACCGAUUUACGCCCAAGUCAACUCGGACGGGUUCCUCGGAAUGUACCAAACUGGGAACCCAGCGCCGGUCGAUAUUCAACCCUUCAACACCUUCCACAGACCCGUCAAUGGCCUCCGCAAGGUCCGGUUAGAACCGGACGGAAACUUCAACGGGUUUUACUGGGACGGGUCCAAAUGGGUUCCGGAUUUCCAGGCGAUUUCUCUCCCCUGCGAGCUCCCCAGCCCCUGCGGUGCGUACGGUUUGUGCGGAGCAGGGAAUGGCUCGUGCUCCUGUUUGGAUAACCGGACGGAGUUUCGAUCCGGUGAGUGUUUUCCGGUUCAGAACGGUGACUUCUGCAGAAGCGGAUUGGGGGAGAUUAGUAACUUCUGGGUUAUACGGAGGAGCGGCGUGGAGCUGCCGUACAAGGAGUUAAUGGGGUACCAAACCACGUCGUCGUACGGGGAGUGCGAGAGAGUUUGUGAGAGGAACUGCAGUUGCUGGGGCGCUGUGUACAAUAACGCAUCCGGGUUUUGUUACACCAUGGACUACCCGAUCCAAACCCUGGUGGGCGUUGGGGAUGAGAGCAAGAUGGGUUAUUUAAAGGUGCGGGAGGGUGCAGGGAGGAAGAAAAUGAACGUGGGUUUUGGGGUGGGGAUUGGGGUGGUGUGUGGGGCCCUCGUCAUUUUUGUUGGGGUUGCUGGGGUUUGGAGUUUUAGGGCGUGGAGGAGGAAAGGAGCAGGAGGAGGGGUGAAGAGGUUUACGGGUCAAGAUGGUGGGCUUUCACCCGGCCCGUAUAAGGAUCUCGGAUCCGCAAGCUUUAGGUCCAUUGAGAUGGGAAAUAAUACUAGAUAGCUAGUGACGUAGGGAAUGAUGACAUUUUUUUUGGGGGGUUAGGGGUUUGGAGUUUGACCGACAAUGAUGUUGAUCGCUAAACUCUUUUUUGUUUUGUAAUGGUGGGUGGGUGGGGCCAAAUAUUUUUGUUUUUUAACUGUAUUAUAGAUUAUUGGGUGGGCCCUUGCCUAAUCUCUUUGAUAAUGUAUUAAUUUUUGCAUAGUUUAUAGAUAUUAGUGCGCCUUCACUUCA